UUGUAGUCUCCCUUGGAACAGCUGUUGCUAUUCAACUUUCACUUUGGCUUCGCCUUGACUGGCCGCUUCUUGAGAGGGCCAAGAGUUGUCGGUGAAGUUGUGGUUCCGUUGAUACAGUUAUGUUGCAGUAACACCCGUACACGCACGCAAUCACGGCACAAGCUAACACCCAACCAGAAAAGAUGGCCGACCUACGGAGUCGCCACAAUGGAACCGUUGCCGUGGAGAAGGAAAGCCAAAUCCAAACCGGAAGCCACCACAACAACAAUAGAGGGUUGGAUAAGGAAGCAUCCGCGAAUGGAAAGCCGGAGAAGAGUGACCCCAUGAUAUAUAUAAUCUUCGUAUCGCUGCUCUUCGACUUACUGGCCUUCACCAUUAUUUUGCCUCUGCUGCCGUCGCUGUUGGAGCACUAUCGCCAGAACGACAGUUCCGGCCUGUAUGCGGUGCUCACGGAUCGGGUGCGCUGGUUCCAGCAGCUCCUUGGCGCCCCGGAGCGCUACAUAUCGGUGCUAUUUGGGGGCUUCCUCGGCUCCAUGUUCAGUUUCCUGCAGUUCGUGGCCAGUCCGAUUGUAGGAGGACUCUCGGAUUACUACGGAAGAAAACCAGUCCUGCUGGUUUGUGCGACCGGCAUUGCGUUAUCCUAUCUGCUCUGGGCCUGCUCGAGCAACUUUGCCCUGUUCGUUUUGGCCCGCUUCGUGGGCGGCAUCAGCAAGGGCAACAUAUCGCUGUGCAUGUCCGUCAUUACGGAUGUGUCCAGCGUAAAGACCCGAGGACGCGGAAUGGCCCUUGUGGGCGUGGCCUUCUCACUGGGCUUUAUUGUGGGGCCCAUGAUCGGUGCCCUGUUCGCCAUAUUCUCCGAUAAAAGUGGAAGCACUUGGUUCGUGUUGCCCUCUCUGCUGGCGUUUGGCCUGGCAGUUGGAGAUCUGCUGGUCCUGGCGUGUUGUCUGCGGGAAACUUUGCCGAAGGAGAAACGUGUUAAGGAGAUAUCAUCUGCCCUGUCGUAUGGCCUGCAGUUGCUCAACUUUAGGGCCAUAUUUAGAUUUGCUGCCAUCAAAAAUGUGCCCAGGAAAGACAUUGCGGCCCUGCGAUCCAUUGGCCUGAUAUAUUUCCUUUAUCUCUUUCUGUAUUCCGGUUUGGAGUUCACCGUCACAUUUCUGAUGUACCAUAAAUUUGGUUACACUUCGAUGGAUCAGGCGAAGAUGUUUCUUACAACAGGUGUAAUAAUGACGUUGCUGCAGGGAUCUGUGGUCCGACGGUUGCCCGAGGCGAAGAUCAAGGGCUAUGCCAUCUUCAGUCUGUACCUCAUUGUACCUGCCUUCGUAAUAGUCGGCCUGGCCGAGGGCAGUCGGAUGCUCUACGCCGGCAUGACUCUAUUCGCAAUCUCCACAGCCUUCGCUGUCACCUGUCUGACCACCCUCGUAUCCAAAUACGGAAACGAUGACCAGAAGGGUUCAGUACUGGGCAUAUUCCGCUCACUGGGAGCUUUGGCUCGUGCUCUGGGUCCCGUGGUGGGGUGCAUUGCCUUCUGGUGCGUGGGCUCGAGGAUCACCUAUAUAGCCGGCGGACUUUUGCUCAUUUAUCCAGCCGUGGCCUUGCAACGCGCUCGCAUUUAGGUGCAAUAAGAACAGAGUUUAUACAUAAAUCACACUAGAUAUCAACGCAAGUAUUAGCUGCACAUUAUACUUAAUUUAUUGUUUUUAUACAAGUAUUUUAUAUUUAAAUAAAAACCUUUUUACUCCGA